AUGGCAUCACGCCGCUCAAUACUGGUGGCCGAUUCCGCCGUGGAGGAGGAUCCCAUCCCCACGUAUCGCAUCGACCUCUCCCUCCCCCCAGCCGAGCGCUACGUCAAGUUGGCUUCGGAUUUCGCGCCGCGAAUGAGACAAAUCACGCCGCUAUUUGACACAGUCCUCGAGUCAGUGGUGCCGUGGUCGUUGUUACGCUCCGUUGUGAAGUUUGCGGCGUUGCUCAUUCUUCGGCGGGUGUGUUCAUCUGAAGAGACGCAGGAAUUGGUGGGCAUUUCGAAGGCUAGUGGAGUGGACCUGCAUUUCCUGGUUGCUUUUAAUCUGCUGCUUGAUACUCUGUUGGGAUGCACGAGCGGUGGUGUUUUGACCCGGCUGAAGAAGCGGAAAGGGGGGGAGACGCAUCUGGGAGAGAAGCAAACUGAUGCGGAACCGAUGGCGAGGAUGAUGCAUUUUCGGACUCUGGACUGGGGGAUGCCUGAACUGAGAAGUGUGCUUGUUGUGCUGGAGUUUGUGAGGUCGAAUUCAAAGGAGCCGAGGACGGUGAUUGCGAGGACGGUCACUUAUGCUGGGUUUGUCGGCGUGUUGACCGGCGUGAGGCAGAACCUUUCCAUGUCCCUCAACUUCCGACCAACUCACAAUUGCUCUGCAUUAUCUCUUCGUAUACACCAGAGCCUCGUGCUCCUCGGUGUCCAACCAUCUAUCUCAUCAGUCCUCCGCCAACACUUGCUCCGUCCAGAACACCAUCAUCUCACGAUUGACAAAGUGACUAAAUCCAUCACGGGAACACGUUCCGCGCCCUGCUACAUAAUCCUCUGCUCUGGAACAGAAACCACGAUAAUUCAAAAAGACCUCGUCAGCGCGCAAACCAAGUCGGCAGUCGACUUCAUCGUACACACAAAUCACGACCUCGCGCCAACGGACCCAUCAAGUCAGGCGAAUGGCCAAAAAGAGAGCACUUCAAUCCUAGGUAUGGAAGCCUUGGUCGAAGAAAGCGAGGAGCGAAAGGAUUGCAUUUUGGGCAAAUGGACCGCGCUGGCCAAGAGGCAGCAACGUGACUUGAAGAGAGGAAAGGGGAGAGAAAGCCCGGCGAUUUUCGAACAGACGUUGCAACGGUGGGUGAAGACGUAUCCUAUUAUGAAUGAGUGUACUCAUUUUGGGUGUAUUUUGGAUCCGGGCACAGGGACUAUUCGUUGGCUUGAGAGAGGUGAGAGCUUCGAGGACAGCGAAAUCGUAGAGGAAUUGGUAUAA